AUGGACGUGGACGUAGACAUGGACGUGGACGUGGACGUGGACAUGGACGUGGACGUGGACGUGGAGGACAUGGACGUGGACAUGGACGUGGACGUGGACGUGGACGUGGACAUGGACGUGGACGUGGACGUGGAUGUGGACGUGGACGUGGACGUGGUCGUGGACGUGGACGUGGACGUGGACGUGGACGUGGACGUGGAGGACUUGGACGUGGACAUGGAUGUGGACGUGGACGUGGACGUGGUCAUGGACGUGGACGUGGACGUGGACAUGGACGUGGACGUGGAGGACUUGGACGUGGACAUGGACGUGGACGUGGACAUGGACGUGGACGUGGACGUGGACGUGGACGUGGUCAUGGACGUGGACGUGGACGUGGACGUGGACGUGGUCGUGGACAUGGACGUGGACAUGGCCAUGGACGUGGACGUGGACGUGGACGUGGACGUGGAGGACUUGAACGUGGACGUGGACGUGAACAUGGACGUGGAGGACGUGGACGUUGACGUGGUCUUGGAUAUGGACGUGGUCGUGGACGUGGAGGACUUGGACGUGGACGUGGACAUGGACGUGGACAUGGACGUGGUCGUGGACGUGGACGUAGACGUGGACGUGGACCUGGACGUGGACUUGGACGUGGACGUGGACGUGGACAUGGACGUGGACGUGGACGUGGACGUGGAUAUGGACGUGGACAUGGACGUGGACGUGGACGUGGACGUGGACAUGGACGUGGACGUGGACGUGGACGUCGACCUGGACGUUGACGUGGAGGUGGACGUGGAUGUGGACGUGGACGUGGACGUGGACGUGGACGUGGACGUGGACGUGGACGUGGACGUGGAUGUGGACGUGGACGUGGACGUGGACGUGGACGUUGUCGUGGACGUGGACGUGGACGUUGUCGUGGACGUGGACGUGGACAUGGUCAUGGACGUGGACGUGGACGUGGACGUGGACAUGGACGUGGAUGUGGACGUGGACAUGGACGUGGACGUGGACGUGGACGUGGACGUGGACGUGGACAUGGAUGUGGACAUGGACGUGGACGUGGACGUGGACGUGGACAUGGACGUGGACGUGGACGUGGACGUGGACAUGGACAUGGACGUGGACGUGGACAUGGACGUGGACAUGGACGUGGACGUGGACGUGGACGUGGUCGUGGACGUGGACGUGGAGGACUUGAACGACUUGGACGUGGACAUGGACGUGGAUGUGGACGUGGACAUGGACGUGGACGUGGACGUGGACGUGGACGUGGACGUGGACAUGGACGUGGACGUGGACGUGGACGUGGAUAUGGACAUGGACAUGGACGUGGGCAUGGACGUGGACGUGGACAUGGACGUGGACGUGGACAGGGACGUGGACGUGGACGUGGACGUCGACAUGGACGUGGACAUGGAGGUGGACGUGGACGUGGACGUGGACGUGGACAUGGACGUGGACGUGGACGUGGACGUGGACGUGGUCGUGGACGUGGACGUGGACAUGGACCUGGACGUGGACGUGGACGUGGAGGACUUGAACGUGGACUGGACGUGGACGUGGACGUGGACGUGA